CACUCCUCUUUCCCCAAAGAGGGCCCACUCUACAGUCCGCAGUCCGAGAAAGCAGAGCAUUCUGCAACAGGACCAACAUGGCAGCUCCAGCCUCUAUAAAACCCUUUGAGUCAAGAAUGGACCGCGGCAUGAAAAUGAAAGACGAGGAAAAGCUGUAUAAACGAGAUGGAAUUAUCUACUCCACCAUCAUGUCCCCACCUGAAAACCUCAAUGCUGUGAAGGAUAUGGAGGCCAGGGAGGAUGAUGUGUUUCUGGUGGCUUACCCCAAGUGUGGGUUCAACUGGAUGGUGGCAAUAGUGAAGAAAAUCAUGAAUGCCUCUGCUGGAGUUACUGUCCCUGACAGACCCCCCAUUAUUGAAUUCUACCCUCCACAACUCCAACAGGUUGUAGGGAAGGAGCCAUCACGGAGACUUCUAGGAACACACCUUCCCCGUAAUGACAUUCCUGAGUCUUUUAAAGCCAAGAAAACAAAGAUGUUGGUGGUUUUCCGAAACCCCAAAGACACAGUCGUCUCUUAUUACCAUUUCAUGAACAAAAACCCAGUCCUGCCCAAGACUGAGUCCUGGGACAAAUUCUUCUCUGACUUCAUGGCUGGUGAAGUGGCCUGGGGUUCUUAUUUUGACCAUGCUCUGGCCUGGGAGAAACAUAUGGAUGACCCUAAUGUGAUGAUUGUGACUUAUGAGGAGCUGAAGGAGAACCCACCAGAGGGUAUAAAGAGAGUUGCAGAUUUCUUCAGCUUCCCCCUAACAGAAGAACAAGUCAUGAACAUUGCUAAAGAGACCACUUUCAGUGCCAUGCUGGACAGCUCCAAAAAUUCCCACGGCCAAUUUGGAAAUGUCUUCUUCCGAAAAGGUGAAGUAGGCGACUGGAAGAAUCACUUCAGUGAGAUUCAAAGUAAACAAAUGGAUGAAGAGUUUCAGAAGAAACUAGGAGGAACUAAACUGGGUGCUAAGCUGAAAUAUGAUUACUACUGCCAGUAAAUAAAGAACAUUUGAGCCAUGAACAGUAUAUGCUAUUUGAACUACUAACUGAGGAAUAUGUAGAAAGACUGAUUAAAGACAAAUCAUUUAA